AUGGACGUGGGCAAAACUGGUGUCGAUGGUGCUGUAGCGAAAAAUCCUUUUAAACAGCGCUCACGUGUGCGGACAACUGGGCACCAAGCAAAACUAGCCAACACGUACAGACUGCGUCCAGUGCGGCGGUUUGUGCCCCACCUGAUUCAUAAGAAAGGCGAGGAACUGAUGGGGUCGUUUGGAGAUAUGACCUACAAGCCUGAGGCCUGCGGAGAGGUGGCGAUCGAGAUCGCGGACAGGAUGGUGGCCUUCAUCAAGGCGCAGGCGUUUGACCGCUACCGCUGCGUGGUUGAAGUUACGGUCAUGGAGAAGCAAGGCCAGGCCGUGAAGAUGGCCAGUCGAGCGCUGUGGGACAGUGAGAAGGAUACCUCGCUCACUCUGAAAUACGAGAACAAACACCUGCUCGCUGUAGGAGUGGUGUUCGCCCUGUACUUGGAUUAA